CAGACAGAAACAAGAUCUAACCGUCGCCUGGGUUUACUCCUCAGAGACCGGCAUGUGGGGAGAUCAAGUUUCGACGACGCAACCAUGUGCCGGUUUGGUCUACCAUCUCCCCGAUAUGGUUAACCGUCUCCCCUGCACGCUUGUGGGCAAUGUCCUCUACUGGUUGUUGCAUGGGUCGGACAAUGGCAUACUCGAGUUUGAUUUGGAUAGCCAGAGACUAGCUGUGAUAGAGAGGCCUUCAAGUGCGGGCAUCAACCGCGGCAACAGUCGGAUAAUCAGGUUAGAGGAUGGCAAUGUUGGCCUCGCUGUAUUUUUGUAUCCGAGCUUCAAUAUGUGGAAACGCAAGGUCAGUAGUCAGGGUGUUGCUUCAUGGGUGCGGCACAAGAUUAUUGACAUUCACAAGAUCAUUGGUCUGCCACGUCGGAUUAAGACAGGGAAGGGAGCUAUAGUGGGGUACUCCGAGGAUGCUAACGUGGUUUUUAUAUCGGUGUCUGGCUAUUUACAAUACUAUGCCUUCAUUGUUCAACUUGAGUCCAUGCAGUCCAGGAAACUUAAUCAAAUAUUACUCGAGAAUUCCUACCAUCUGUUCGCAGAUUUCUAUACUGCAGGUACAGUUCCAGCCGUUGAGCCAACACAGCAGCAAAGUACUGUUCCAGCAAUUGAGCCACCACAGCUGUAUGGUACAUAAUCGUAUAUUGUCAUACAUCUUGUGAGCCUUGCAAUUUCGUAUGAUCUGCAUAUUUCUCUUAAUGAGAUGAAUGACUCGUACCAAGUGGACACCUUGUGUUUAGCUGUGAGAGAGAAAAAGCUUUGCGACUUUGUCAAUUGUCUCUUUAUUUUACUACUAGUUCAACUCAGACAUUUGUUCUUCCAUACAAUACCUUAUCACUAAUGUCACAACAAUC